GGGCGUUAUACCUCGACGCAGCGCGCCUGGGGCUUCGCUCUACCGAGAGCUCGCAUCCAAAGACCUUCUCCCGUCCGAGUCCGCCGCGAACGCGUCAACGGUCUCAUUGACAGUGGCAACUUCACUAUGCGUACAUACCCUCCUUCGACCAGGUCUACCAACGACGGCUCAGAUCCGUGGGACUGGGGGUACUGCUCCCCACAUUUUUUCCUCAGCAAGCCCGCGUAUCCCUGUUGCCGUGUGCUCGCCGUCACCCCGGCUUGCCACUGCGCUGACAAUUUAGUAUGUCGAAACUAUACGUGACCAGACCCAGAGGAGUAUAAAAGACGAACGCGCACUCAGAGGUUCACCCAGUCUUGAGCUCUUUCCUCUCUCCAAGCAGCCUCACGAGCACCCCAAACAACCAUGACGAAGUACUUAGGCAAAGAAGUCGGCCCCAUCGGGUAUGGUCUCAUGACCCUCACCUGGUUCAGCAACCACACGACCGAGCAUGCCAUCGAGUGCAUGAAGGCCGCCCUCGAGGCCGGCGCGAACGUCUGGAACGGCGGCGUGUUCUACGGCACGCCCGAGCACAACUCCCUCCACAUCGUCAAGGCGUACUUCACCAAGUACCCCGCGGACGCCCCCCGCGUCGUCCUCUCCAUCAAGGGCUGCCUCGCGGACCCGGGCCUGCCCACCGCGCGCCCGGACAGCUCGCCCGCGAGCAUCCGCCGCGAGGUCGACUGGUGCCUGGACAUCCUGCAGGGCACGAAGCGCAUCGACGUCUUCCAGCCCGCGCGGCGGGACAAGGGCACGCCGCUCGCGGUGUCGAUGCGCGCGCUGCAGGCGCUCGUCGACGAGGGCAAGAUCGGCGCGAUCGGGCUGUCGGAGGUCAACGCGGCGACGAUCCGCGAGGCGGCGCAGUACGCGCGCAUCGAUGGCGGCGUCGAGGUCGAGUACUCGAUGUGGUUCACGGAGAUCCUGGACAACGGCGUCGCGAAGGCGUGCGCGGAGCUCGACAUCCCCAUCAUCGCGUACUCGCCGCUGGGCUCUGGGUUCCUGGUGGGCUUUCUCAAUCCAUCGCAGACCGGCCAAUUCCAGUCCUACGCCGACCUCCCAAAGGACGACUUCCGGCACCUCUGCCCGCGCUUCCAGGAGGACGUCUUCGACCUCAACCUCCAGCUCGUGCACACCGUCGAGGCCUUCGCCGCGCGCAAGGGCGCCACCCCCGCGCAGAUCGCGCUCGCCUGGGUCGCCGCGCAGAGCGCCCUCGCCUGGGUCGCCGCGCAGAGCGGGAAGAACGGCCUCCCGACGAUCAUCCCCAUCCCCGGGUCGACGAACGUGCAGCGCGUCAAGGAGAACUCGACGCUGGUGGAGCUGACGGACGAGGAGAUGGAGGAGAUUGACGCGUUCUUGCGCCAGUUUGAGCCGAAGGGGGACCGUGUGCCGGAGCAUAUGGCGCAGUUGAAUUGGGGUUAGGGAAAGGAUAGUUGAAUUGCAGAGUGGAUAAUGAUUGUGGAUAUGUUUUCCAUGGAAAUUAGGUCGAGGAGUAUUGGAGAUAAGAACGCAACGUACGGAGGAAUGAACAAUUCGAGCAAAGACAGAAAAGAGCGAGUUGGACGAGGUGAUCGUACGGUAAAGACAGGACUAGAUUGAGUAGAUAGCAUAACGUCGACGGUGAAUGAAAAUAAAGAAUAGUGUCUAUCUCAGACGACGCUCGCCUGAGUGAUCUACUUGUAGAUCACGGAAGCCGCCUCCGUAGGUACGGCCUGCACCGCAUAAGUCGGCUCGACCUCCAUGGUGGGCUCAACCUCUUGAGCCGGACCC